AUGAAUGGAAAUAUCCCCCUGCCACAGUCACCCGCCAAGCAUAAUGACCCACAUACCUCAAGCAUGCAGCUAGCUACGACCUUUGCUAAUGAGGACGAUGGACAACAGACAGCGUCUCCUGACAUCCCGCCCAGCAUCCAGAGCGAUGCUGAGCCUGACACAGGAAAUGCAGGCGCCAGCCUCGCCCACGACACUGUGGACCAACAUCAGGGAGCAGCAGCAGAUUCCCCGAGGGAAACCGAGAAGCAGAGAGGAAGGGGGCGAGCCGAGGGAUCGGGGAGUGCCUCGGGCAGCGGCACCAGCCUGGUAUUGACAAACGGGCUGCAUGGUGAAACUGAGCCUGGGGAAGAGAGAGGUUUUGACGGCAAGGAGAGAGCAGAGGCAGAGAAUCAGAGCAGUCCAAGUACAGGCAGCCCCCCUUUGGAAGAGAGGGCCUUGGCAAAUAAGUUGCUCUUCAGCAAGACGAGCAGCCAGGCAGAGCUGCUAGAUCCAGAGGACGGAGAAGAACAGAGAAGCUUUGCUAUUGCAGAAACCCAGCUAAGUUGCCUUGAUGAUGACGACAGGGAAGAUUUUGCAUUUCAGGACAUCAGGGAUGGUUUCAGCUCUACCUUUGAAAAAAUCAUAGAGUCCGACCUUAUGAAAGGCACCUACUACAGCAGUCUGGACUCCUUGGACGUGCUCUCCCUGACAGAUGAAACAGAUAGCUGUGUUAGCUUCGAAGCACCGCUCACUCCCCUCAUUCAGCAAAGAACUAAGGAAAGUUCUGAAGUUUUGGAACAGAAACUCGCCGCUCACCAGAAGGAAGCUCUGGAGCCGGUGGCAAUAGAUAGGCAGGAGGAUGCGAUGGCCAAGGCAACGGAUGGCGAUUUUGGGAGCCCGCUGAAGCACUCCAUCACCAGCAGCCGCUCCGAGAAUGUGCUGAGCAGGGCAUACCUGAAGAGCAUCCCCAAUGGGUACCAUGUCGAGAGACCGGAGGAAGAGGCUUCGAAGCUUAUUAACUCUGUCAGUGAAGCCAGCAUCAAGGACACUCUUUCUGACUCGGAUUCCGAUAUGGGCAGCACAGAGCAACUGGACCAGGGAAGCACGGACACUCUUGCCAACGGCUGCAAGGCGGAUGGGGAGGCUGCCAAGAGGUUGGCCAAAAGGCUCUAUCACCUGGAAGGAUUCAAGCACUGUGAUGUGGCACGCCAGCUUGGGAAGAAUAAUGAAUUUAGCAAGUUGGUAGCAGAAGAGUAUCUCCGCUUCUUUGACUUCACCGGCCUGACCUUGGACAAAGCGCUCAGAACCUUCCUAAAAGCUUUCCCCCUCAUGGGAGAGACACAGGAACGGGAACGUGUCCUCAUCCACUACUCACACAGAUACUGUCACUGCAAUCCGGAGGAGAGCACAACUGAAGAUGGAAUUCAUACCCUUACCUGUGCCCUGAUGCUGCUCAAUACAGACCUGCACGGACAUAAUAUCGGGAAGAAGAUGUCCUGCCAGCAGUUUACUGCUAACCUGGAUGGAUUAAACGACGGCAAGGAUUUUCCAAAGGACCUGUUGAAGGGCCUGUAUAACUCAAUUAAAAAUGAAAAGCUCGAAUGGGCUAUUGACGAAGAUGAACUCAGAAAAUCAUUGUCAGAACUGGUGGAUGAUAAAUUUGGUGCCAGUGCCAAGAAAGCGCCAAGGAUCGUGGAUGGCAGCAACCCUUUCCUGGAUGUUCCCCAGGCCCAGAACGCUGUCACCUACAAGCACGGCAUCCUCACCCGAAAAACCCAUGCUGACAUGGAUGGGAAGAGAACCCCCAGGGGACGACGAGGAUGGAAAAAAUUUUACGCUGUGCUGAAAGGAACCAUUCUGUAUCUGCAAAAGGAUGAAUAUAAACCCGACAAAGAUCUCUCUGAAGUCGAUCUCAAGAAUGCUAUCCGUAUCCACCAUGCCUUAGCCACAAAAGCCUCCGAUUACAGCAAAAAAUCCAAUGUACUGAAGCUGAAGACGGCAGAUUGGAGAGUGUUUCUCUUCCAAGCACCGAGCAAAGCAGAGAUGCUGUCCUGGAUCCUGAGAAUCAACCUGGUGGCGGCCAUCUUUUCUGCUCCUGCUUUCCCAGCCGCCAUCUGCUCCAUGAAGAAGUUCUGCCGGCCCCUCUUGCCAUCUUCCACAACUAAACUCUGUCAGGAGGAACAGCUGCAAUCUCAUGAGAAUAAAAUGAGGCAGAUUGCAGAUGAGUUAACUGAGCAUAAACUGCAUCCGGUAGUGAAAGGCAUCAAGUCAAAAGAGGCUGAAGAAUAUCGUUUGAAAGAGCAUUACUUAAUAUUUGAGAAAAGCCGCUAUGAGACAUAUAUCAACCUCCUGUGCAUGAAGAUAAGGGCUGGGACAGACGACCUGGAAAAAAUCGAAGCCAGUGUCUUCACAAUGGAAACGGAUGACAUUUCCUUGAGGAAGACUUAUUCCAGCCCGUCCAUAAGCCAAGGACAGUUGCCUGUCAUGAGCAAAGGAGAAAAGGAUGUUACAGAGCAAGGCACCUCUGGCCACCAAUAA